GAAUGGAAAACGCCAAAAUGUAAUCACAAAUCGAAACCGACAAAUCACAUAAAACAAAAUCACAAUAAAAGUUAAAUCCCUCCCCAAGAUUUUCAUCGCCCAUCGAAUCUCAUACAUUCAACACAAUUCGUCAAUCUCUAACCCCCCUCACUUUCUGAACCCAACAAAUCUUUAAAACCGUUCAAACUUCCCAUACUUAGUCACUCCCCCAGUCUCCCCUCUCGACCCCCUCCCUCCUAGCUCGUCAAAACGGACUAGGAGGUCGGUAUUACUCCUCAAUACUCAUCACUUACCAAAUAAACAACACAAACAAUUUAAUAAAAAAUCAAAACUCAUAUCGUCACCAAAUUUGUUAAAAUCUGAAUUAAUAUCCAACUUUGAUAAGACGCUACAAAAAUAGCUUCUGCAACACCUCAAAAAAUAAAACUUUUUUUUAAAUUUUUUCUCCCCUCUUUGUUCUUCUUCUUCAUCUUGUUGUUCUUCAAUAGUGUCCAAAUUCAAUUCGCCCCACUUGCUAGUUAGCCGUGGCAUAUGCGUUGUCACUAUUUUACGCCUCACGUUUUUAUCCUGCACACCCUCUUUCUCUCUCCUCCCCCUCCUCUUCUUUUCUUCCCUGUCUUUGUCUCCUCUGUUUUGUUGCAGAACAAAGAAAGAAAAAUUUAAACCCCUUUUUAUUUUAUUUUUCAAAUUUUUAUUUCUAUUUAUUUUUUCUCUUUAAUCUUAAGUAUCUUUACAAAUUGCAGCUAUUUCCACACUGGUUAUUAUUCUGCCCACUUUUUUUUUCUUCUUCUUUAUUUAUUACUCCUACUUUCAACAAUUCAACCCCCAUCACUUCUCAAUUAAAAAAAAAAAAUAAUAAUAAUAAUAAAUAAUUUUCUGGGUCUUGCUGCUUCUUUAAUUUUCCUGUCCUUUUCACGCGGUCUGUGUUAGAUUUAUGUUGAAUUUCUGAUGUUAUCUGAGUUGGGGCUUUGGAGAUUUUAUCUGGAUUUUUGAGUUCUUCGCAAGAUUCUCUCUCUAUGGCUGGAAAUAAUGAAGUUAAUGUUAAUGAGUCUAAGAGGGUUGUACCACUGAAUACAUGGAUUCUGAUCCAAAAUUUCAAAGUGCAUUACAAUAUGCUUCGGCGUCCUGAUGGCACUUUUAAUCGUUACCUGGCCGAAUACCUUGAUCGUAAAGUUCCUGCUGAUACAAAGCCGGUUGAUGGUGUUAUUUCCUUUGAUGUUAUCAUUGAUCGUCGUACAAGCCUCCUUUGUAGGGUAUACCGUCCAGCCAUAGCUGAAGAAGUAGAAGAAGAACAAGAACAAGACCAAGAAACUAGACCAGUGUGGAGUAUUAUUGAUCUCGAAAAGCCUGUUGAGUCCGAUGUUGUUGUUCCGGUGAUAAUCUUCUUUCAUGGGGGGAGCUUUGCCCAUUCAUCUGCCAAUAGUGCUAUCUAUGACAUACUUUGUCGGCGGUUAGUUGGGGUUUGUAAGGCUGUUGUGAUUUCUGUGAACUAUCGGCGUGCCCCUGAAAAUAGGUAUCCUUGUGCCUAUGAUGAUGGAUGGACUGUUCUCAAGUGGGUGAACUCAAAGAAUUGGCUCCGGAGUAAGGACUCAAAAGUACAUAUAUACUUGGCCGGAGAUAGUUCUGGUGGCAAUAUAGCUCACAAUGUUGCUGUACGAGCAAUUGAUUCUGAAAUUGAAGUUCUUGGAAACAUACUUCUCAAUCCUAUGUUUGGUGGACAAGAGAGGACUAAAUCAGAAGAUCGUUUGGAUGGGAAAUAUUUUGUGACUUUGCAAGACCGCGAUUGGUAUUGGAGAGCAUUUCUUCCUGAAGGGGAAACUCGGGACCAUCCAGCAUGCAAUCCAUUUGGUCCCCAUGGUCGAAGCCUCAAAGGAUUGAAGUUUCCUAAGAGUCUUGUGGUGGUGGCGGGGUUGGAUCUUAUUCAAGAUUGGCAAUUGGCCUAUGUAGAAGGGCUGAAAAAAGAUGGCCAAGAUGUGAAGCUUCUAUAUUUGGAGGAGGCAACAAUUGGGUUCUACUUGUUGCCAAAUAACUGUCACUUCUACACUGUCAUGGAUGAAAUCCGGGACUUUAUGGGUCUUAAUGGGUAGCUAGUUCAAUCAGAUGACAAAAGAAAGGUUAAUACAGGUCACUUUGGGGCACCUCGCUCCUUCCUAGUGUGCAACUUACUAUGUGAGUAGUGCUAAUUAUUUUCUUUGAUAUCUGUUUAAUACGUAUGGGUAGAUAAUUAGUUGCUGCCUUCAUUGGUCAAAGCGAUGAUUGCUGGGCUUUCUUGCUGGUGCAGAACGGCUUAAAACUGAAUUUUAGUAGUGUCGUUUGAUAGUUGUGGAAUUGCUUAAAACUGGGCAGUUUCCAUUACUGUAUGAAGUUGAUAGUAGUAGUAGGUCUUUACAGAGUUGUGAGAAAUUCGGGGCAAUUGCUGGUUGUUUCUUUUUGCUUCUGGCCGAAAAGGUGGAGAAGUAGAUCACUAGACAGGCUGUGGUGCUCUGCCGAAUGGAGCUUGCUACUACGCUAAUAGUAGUAUAGUACUAAUUAAAGAACAUGGGCAACAUGUUUCUUCAUAGAUACUGUAAAAUCUGUAUGUGUAUACAUAUAUAUAUAUCUUCAAUAUAUUAAAUGUAAAGUGUGCUGAUCAAUCUUAUGCUAUUUAUCCUUCUACGAUCAA